CUGCGCCGACAAUCACACAGAGACUCCCUCAGAGUUGUUAGCUGUUUGUUCUGGUCGGAGGAAGACAUCAAGGAGCCGCAGGAGAGAGAAAAAAAUGGAAAAUGAGAGCAAGAGGAAGAUGAAGGAGAAAUUUGGCCUGAGGCGGGACAUCUUUAAGGAGUUCCUGGCGGAAUUUCUGGGGAUAUUUGUCCUGAUACUCUUUGGAUGUGGUUCAGUGGCCCAGACGGUGCUGAGUAAAGGGGCGCUCGGGGAGCCUUUGACCAUCCAUGUUGGUUUCACUCUGGGAGUCAUGAUGGCCGUCUACAUGGCAGGGGGAGUGUCAGGAGCCCACGUCAACCCUGCGGUGUCUCUGGCCAUGGUGAUCCUGGGGAAGCUUCCUCUGAAGAAGUUCCCCGUGUAUGUGUUGGCACAGUUCCUGGGGGCUUUUGUUGGAUCCUGUGCGGUCUAUGGGUUGUAUUAUGAUGCUUUGAUGGAAUUUACUGAUGGAGAAUUUGCUGUCACUGGUGUUAACGCCACAGCCAACAUAUUUGCAUCUUAUCCUGCAAAACAUCUCUCAGUCAUAAAUGGGUUUGUUGAUCAGGUGAUUGCAACAGGCAUGCUCAUCCUGUGCAUCCUGGCCAUCACUGACAGGAAGAACAUCGGUGCUCCGAAGGGCAUGGAGCCUCUGUGCAUCGGUCUAAUCAUACUGGCCAUCGGAGUGUCCAUGGGGCUGAACUGCGGUUAUCCAAUCAACCCUGCGCGAGACCUCGGCCCACGGUUCUUCACAGCGGUGGCCGGGUGGGGGAUGGAUGUAUUCAGAGCUGGAGGUUGCUGGUGGUGGAUCCCUGUGGCAGGGCCCAUGGUGGGCGGAGCAGUUGGAGCAGGUAUUUACUUCCUCUUCAUUGAGUUGCACCAGCAAGAGCCUGAAAAACAAGAGGAGAACAACGUCCAGGACAAAUAUGAAAUGAUAACUAUGAGUUAAAAUUUACAUCAAGGGUUUCAGAGCAAAGUGACUACGCAGCUGAUUUUCAACCUCAAGGCAAAAAUGUUCAGCUUGAUGGAGAUGUUUUAUACAUUUGUACGAUAAAAGUCCUGAGAAAAUUUACAAUUAAUGGUUUAAUACAACGCAUGCAUCAAAGAACCCGACAACACAAUUUCAUAGUCAUUUAUAAAAUAUGCAUGAAUGUUUUAUGAAGCCUUUAAAGUCUCCUUUUGAAGAAAGUCUGGCCUAUUCAUAGGAUCCAGGUUUGACCUGUGUGGGGCUCUUUGAUAUAUCAAAAUAUUAAACUUGCUUGAUAAAUAUAUUCUCUUUAGACAUAAAGAUUUUCUUUUAAUUCCAUGAAAUCAUAAUCAACGUUGGGAGAGUUUCUUCUGCACAGUAGCUAUGCAGUAAUCUUUUUUCUAACUGAGAUCAUGUCCUCUCAUUAGAAACAUUUGCCAAGUUUCUGUACUUCUGUCAUAACAGGGUCAUUAUGUAGCACUUAGGAACAGUUCAUUUAUUGUAACGUGUAAAUGUCGUAAUUUAUAUCACUUUUAGCCAAUGUGUUACAUUAAUGAUGUGUUUGCUGGAGUAACUUUCUUAUUCUGUUUCACUUCAUCCUUUGCAUGCUUGUUUAAAAAUGUGUGAUUGAUUGCUUUGCAGCGUUAUAGUUUUUAUAACGUUUAUGUAGCAAAUCCAGCCUUAAAUGAUUACACUUGUAUACUUUUUCACUCAUACCCAUAAUUUUGAGGAGCAAAAAAAUGUGUUUUAUUGCUGGAUUACAGAUUUAUGUUACUCAAUGACGACACCCUGAAAAGCCAUAAAUCAGCAUAAGACAUGUAAAUGUCUUCUUUCUGCAAAAAAGGUAAAGGAAAUGUUUGGUGUUAAAUGUAAACUUCGGCAACUGUCACUGAACUGAAUUUUAAAAACUUUUCUGAGCGGAGGUAAAAUGUUUAAUAAAGCACAAAGUUUAGUUUAGAUUUUGGUCACAACAAAAAAAUAUUCCAAAAGGAACAAAACCAUUUGAAUACAUUUACUGAUUGUGCUUUUGUAAUUGAUAUUUUUAUCCCGUGAGCACAGAAAUGUAAAUUUGCAAAGACAACGGGUCAUGUUUUGGAAUAAAAUGACUUGUAACCAGCGUGGUAGACCUACGCUAAUGUUAAUGUGGAUAUCUGUCAGUUUUACCUGCUUUUGUAUGUACACUAACUGUGAGAUUAUAGUGCACGGCACUGAAUGUCGUUUUACAACACCUGUUUGGUAAUGGGACAAUCACUGAAAGUAAGAGUUUUUUUUCCACGUGUUUGCAUUUCUUUUGUGAAAAUGUUACAAAAGUCGGAGGCACAUACAUCAGAGUGAUUUUUCCGUCAGGUGAGAUAAACAUGCAGGGCAUCAUUUGCUCCUGCUUUUACCUGAACCAGGCUAACACUCAUGUCAAAUGGAGUGCCCAUUAUACUUAAAACCCUGUGUGUGGCCUACGUUUGAAUCAGAAUAAUUGCAAUAUGCUUGAAAAGGUCAAGGUGUUUGCUUCAGUGAGAUGGUGUAUAUAUUUUUUGUCUCUCCCUGUCCUACACUUUGAUGUCAGUGCUUCGGUCCUGAGUGGCAGCCUGUCAGGAUUUAACAUCUCAAUCUUUUUUUUUUCUAAGUUAGUUUCCUAACAUGAUUUCAUCUGUCCGAAUAAGCUGUUUUUAUUAUUCAUUGUACCUUAAUGUUGAAUAAAGUUUGUUGAAAUA